CGGCUUCACUACAGUGUGUCAUCACUGUCGGAGACGCUCAUUUCAGAUUUGGAUCUGUUAACCCAAUGGGCCUAUCGUAAUUUCGCUAAAUCUAAAGCCCCGAUUUGUGUAACACAGUCUUAAUCUUCUCCUAUAAAUUCAUCCACUCCGUGUCACUGUUGCCCCUCUGAACUUGACUCUUAACCAGCUUGAAUUCCAAAAAUUACCAAAAUAGCGUAUAGCCUUAGCUGGAAAUCUAUUUUUUGUGGCGUUUUAGAUUGUUAAAAUCGAGUCACAAGCUCUACAAAAUGGGUUCACAAGCUGUUGAAGAUUUAAUCGAGGCUUCAUCAGGGGUUCAUUAUUCUGGAUUUCAUUUGGAUAAUAUAGAGUCAAGUACCUCGACAACUGAUACUAUCAAGCAACCCUUUGUCAUUGGAGUUGCUGGAGGUGCAGCAUCGGGGAAAACUACAGUUUGUGAUUUGAUUAUUGAGCAGCUUCGUGAUCAGCGUGUUGUACUUGUUAACCAGGAUUCAUUUUAUCAGAAUUUGACACCAGAGGAACUUAAAAGAGUUCAUGAAUACAACUUUGACCAUCCUGAUGCAUUUGACACCGAUCAAUUACUGUGCAUUAUGGAUAAACUGAAGUGUGGUCAAGCUGUAGAUAUUCCAAAAUAUGAUUCCAAGAGCUAUAAAAACGAUGUCUUCCCUGCUCGAAGAGUAAAUCCCUCAGAUGUUAUAAUUUUGGAAGGUAUACUCAUUUUUCAUGAUCCGCGUGUACGAGAUUUGAUGAAUAUGAAGAUAUUUGUAGAUACAGAUGCUGAUGUACGUCUGGCGAGGAGAAUAAGACGUGACACAGUUGAAAAGGGUAGAGACAUUGGCAUGGUACUCGAUCAGUACUCAAAGUUUGUGAAGCCUGCUUUUGAUGAUUUCAUACUUCCAACAAAAAAGUAUGCUGAUAUUAUCAUUCCUCGGGGAGGAGACAAUCAUGUGGCUAUAGAUUUGAUCGUUCAACAUAUUCGGACUAAACUUGGUCAACAUGAUCUUUGUAAAGUAUAUCCUAAUCUAUAUGUCAUUCAAUCAACUUUUCAGAUACGUGGUAUGCAUACACUUAUACGUGACGCUCAAACAACAACACAUGACUUUGUCUUUUACUCUGAUCGGCUGAUCCGCUUGGUUGUGGAACAUGGUCUUGGACAUUUGCCAUUUACUGAAAAGCAGGUGAUCACUCCAACAGGAUCAGUGUACACUGGUGUGGAUUUUUGUAAGAGGUUAUGUGGUGUCUCUGUAAUUAGAAGGUACAAAUGAUGGAUCUCAAUUUUAACACCCACCUCCCCAGGUUAGCAAGCACUUCAUGUCCUCUUUAGUGUAUCAUGUGUUGGUUUUCAUACCUCUCAUUUAUUUCCAUUCUUCUCUACUGCUUCUAAUUUCUUGCAGCUGAUUUACGAAAAGCUGCCAAACGACAUCUCAGAUAGACAUGUCUUGCUAUUGGAUCCAAUACUGGGCACAGGAAAUUCAGCUGUUCAAGCUAUUUCUUUACUUAUAAAGAAGGGCGUACCCGAGGCCAACAUCAUAUUCCUCAAUCUCAUCUCUGCACCUCAAGGAGUACAUGUCGUCUGCAAACGUUUUCCUAGAAUAAAGAUAGUGACAUCUGAGAUUGAAAUCGGUUUGAAUGAAGAAUACCGCGUUAUCCCUGGCAUGGGUGAGUUUGGUGACCGAUACUUUGGCACAGACGAUGAAUGAACCACCUAAACCGGCCCCCACCGGCAGUUAUACUAGAGAUGAAUUUCCCUUCCCAAUAAUUACUUACAGAAAAGAACUGAACGUACUCGGUUUUGGUACAAUUUUUACUGUGCUAGUGCUUGCUUUACCCAUUUAAGCAUGCAGGGAAUAUCAUUCUUGUUUGUUUGAGACUUAAGAACUAUGCAUAUGAUAAAUAAGGUAUACUUUGUUUUCAUAUUCCAGCUGAUUGUUUCUCAU